AUGGUGGCCAGAGGGUGCAUGGAGAGGCUGCUGCUUGCCUUGGUAGGUCUGUGUGGCUACUGCUUUGGAAGGGCUGGGGCACAUUUCCCUAGAAGCUCCUCUCGAUGCAUGUUCAUUCCAAGAAGCAUGGCCCUAUGCUAUGAUAUUGGCUAUUCUGAAAUGCGAAUCCCCAACCUGCUGGAACAUGAAACCAUGGCUGAAGUGAUCCAGCAGUCCUCCAGCUGGCUGCCGCUGCUGGCAAGGGAAUGUCACCCAGAUGCCCGCAUCUUUCUCUGCUCGCUUUUCGCACCAAUUUGCCUGGACAGGAUCAUCUACCCCUGCAGAAGUCUUUGUGAAAGUGUUCGGGACAGCUGUGCCCCCAUCAUGGCUUGUUAUGGAUACCCCUGGCCCCAGAUCCUCCAGUGCGAUAAUUUUCCUGUAGAUCACAGUCUGUGCAUCUCUGCAAUCACCGACGACAUGAGUACGAGCAGGAGAAUUCCUCGAGCCAGCUGCCGGGACUGUGAGUUGGAAGAUGCAAGCUCCCCAAAGGAGGUUCUGGAUACCUUCUGUACCAAUGAUUUUGCUGUGAAGAUUCACAUCUCUAGGAGAAACCGGACCUCGUCCAGCAUCUUUGACUAUGAUAUGGACUCCCGGCUGGAGGUGCUGAAGCGAGGGCCCCUGCUGCCAACAGAAGUUCACCCCAGACUGAAGCAGUGGCUAGAGUGGGAUGCUACCUGUGUGCACAACCUCAUGCGGGGCACUCACACAGGGGCCUACAUUAUCAGUGGUGAGGUCCAGGGCAACCGACUGGUGGUUAACAAGGUUUAUGCCUGGAACAAGAGGAACCGGAACCUGCAUCUUGCAGUCAGAAAGUGGAAGCACCACCGGUGCAGAGAGUAG